UUCUAAACUAGAAAGUCUACGGAGGUAACGCCAGGCGAUCUGCUGCGCUCUCCUUUUAGACGCAGCGUUAGAAGCAGGCAAGGGGAAAGGCGUCGUCGCUGGAGCUGAAACCAGGCGGCCAGAGUUCUCAGGGAUGAACCUCGAGUUGCUGGAGUCCUUUGGGCAGAAUUAUCCAGAGGAAGCUGAUGGAACUUUGGAUUGUAUCAGCAUGGCCCUGACUUGCACCUUUAACAGAUGGGGAACGUUGCUCGCAGUUGGCUGUAAUGAUGGCCGAAUUGUCAUCUGGGAUUUUUUGACAAGAGGCAUUGCUAAAAUAAUCAGUGCACACAUCCAUCCAGUCUGUUCUUUAUGCUGGAGUCGAGAUGGUCAUAAGCUCGUGAGCGCCUCUACGGAUAACAUAGUGUCACAGUGGGAUGUCCUUUCAGGCGACUGCGACCAGAGGUUUCGGUUCCCUUCACCCAUCUUAAAAGUCCAGUAUCAUCCACGAGAUCAGAACAAGGUUCUCGUGUGUCCCAUGAAAUCUGCUCCUGUCAUGUUGACCCUUUCAGAUUCCAAACAUGUUGUUCUGCCGGUAGAUGAUGACUCCGACUUGAAUGUGGUUGCCUCUUUUGAUAGGCGAGGGGAAUAUAUCUAUACAGGAAAUGCAAAAGGCAAGAUUUUGGUCCUAAAAACAGAUUCUCAGGAUCUUGUUGCUUCCUUCAGAGUAACAACUGGAACAAGCAAUACCACAGCCAUCAAGUCAAUAGAGUUUGCUCGGAAGGGGAGUUGCUUUUUAAUUAACACAGCAGAUCGAAUAAUCAGGGUUUAUGAUGGCAGAGAAAUCUUAACCUGUGGAAGAGAUGGGGAGCCUGAACCUAUGCAGAAAUUACAGGACUUGGUAAAUAGGACCCCGUGGAAGAAAUGCUGUUUCUCUGGGGAUGGGGAAUACAUAGUGGCAGGCUCAGCCCGGCAGCACGCCCUGUACAUCUGGGAGAAGAGCAUAGGCAACCUGGUGAAGAUCCUCCACGGGACGAGAGGAGAACUCCUGCUGGAUGUAGCUUGGCAUCCUGUUCGACCCAUCAUAGCAUCCAUUUCUAGUGGAGUGGUAUCUAUCUGGGCACAAAAUCAAGUAGAAAAUUGGAGUGCCUUUGCACCAGACUUCAAAGAAUUGGAUGAAAAUGUAGAAUAUGAGGAAAGGGAAUCAGAGUUUGAUAUUGAAGAUGAAGAUAAGAGUGAGCCGGAGCAGACAGGGGCUGAUGCCGCUGAGGAUGAGGAAGUCGAUGUCACCAGUGUGGAUCCUAUUGCUGCUUUUUGUAGCAGUGAUGAAGAGCUGGAAGAUUCAAAGGCUCUAUUGUAUUUACCCAUUGCCCCUGAGGUAGAAGACCCAGAAGAAAACCCUUAUGGCCCCCCACCUGACGCAGUCCAGACUUCCUUGAUGGAUGAAGGGGCCAGUUCAGAGAAGAAGAGGCAGUCUUCAGCAGAUGGGGCCCAGCCACCUAAGAAGAAACCCAAAACAACCAAUAUAGAACUUCAAGGAGUACCAAAUGAUGAAGUCCAUCCACUACUGGGUGUGAAGGGGGAUGGCAAAUCCAAGAAGAAGCAAGCAGGCCGGCCUAAAGGAUCAAAAGUUAAUAUUUCACAGCAGCCCAUCUAAGGAUGUCCAUCAGAGGUUGAACAGCUUCUAUGGAAUAAUCAGGAAAGUGUUCAUUUGAUUUUAUUAUUGAGGAUUUUAUUUAUUGAUGAGUCGUUGGCACAUAGAAAUCCCAACACUAGUAUUCAUUAACAUUUCAUCAUAUUUGGAAUUCUAAGGUGAUGAGAAUGUCACUGAAGGAACAGGGGUGCUUGGAAAAGGGUUUGUUCCUCACUGUUAAUCAUUUAGUGACUAAUCAGCCUAAUAUAUGAAAGAUUGGAGAUGUAGUACCUUAGAAUUAAUUUCCUUUACCUACUGCGCUAUUUGUUAACACCUUGGAGAAUGGUUAAUUAGCAGCCUAGAAAAUGUGUAGAACUCCGAUGAUUUCAUCUUUUGUGCCCUUUGGGGCAGCACUGAGAAGGUAUGGGGUGGAGGUUUGGGGUUUGGAUUAUUGCUUCAGUGAAGAAGAGUAACUGGGAGCUGGAGUUGGUUUUAACUUAGAGGGGGAGAUUCUUAGCCCAUGUGUACUUGUCAUGCAUCAUCCAGCAUCCAUCAGUAUUUCUGCUCUUGUAAGUAACAGGUUUAAGUUGAUACUAAAAGAAACCUUUUUGUGUCUAAUCUCUUUAGCAGGGGGAGCAAUCUCUGAACUGUUAUGAAGAUCCUUGAAGUGCUUCGCUUUUUCCCACUUUUCCAUCAUGUGGCUUCUGGACACUGUUCAGUCCUUUGAAAUUGACUUUAAUUUAAAACAAAUGCCUCUGCUUCACCCAGGAGGUGGAAGGAGUGAAUUUUAUGUUUGAAUGAAGAAGUGAAUUAUGAAAGAAGAGUAUACGUCCCUUCCCUUUCAAGCAUAAGUCCAAAUAGGCUCUCAGGAAUGAGGAUUUGUGAAGACAUCAAACGGGAGUUAGACUCAUUUAAACUUUAACACUGAGUCAUGUUGCUGGAGAAAAGAUACCUGUUUUGCUCAUCUAAUUUUAUUGUACCCAGCAUCAUCAUUUCCUGUCUCCUAUCGGCUUUCUGUCCUCGGUGCAUGUUCUUGAAUAAUUUGUUCUUAUCUGAAAGUCUGCUACCAAUAUCUUUGGAAAACUUCUGUUGCAUAUUCUCCCAUUUUGAAAUUUACCCUCUCAUCAGAUACCCCCUAUAUUUCCAUAUUGUAUACAAAGGAUGGGUAAAAAGAAAGUGCUUGAAAUAUUUGAGAUUUUCAGAAAGGAAAGGAAGGUAAGAAAGUCCCCCUUUUCCUAAUACACCCUGUUUUGCUCAAGCUGGGCUGUAAGAGGGGUUUUUGUUUUCCUUUCACUGCACGUUUCCCUCCAGUAUUGGUUCAUUCUCAUUAAUCAUGGUUUUUUGAAGGUAGCUCGUUUCAUCCGUCUCCAGCAAAGAAUCAUCAGUAGUUUAUAUUGCAUCGCCUGUGCUGGCUUCCACAGAUGAAAACAAACCAAGCUGUCUCUCAGCACGUUUCUUUUAUAUGGGGGUAGGGGACUCUAUGCAAGGACUAAAAAGUAAAUCCGUCCAAAAUCAAAGCAGCAACAACAGUUCAAAUCACAGAUGAAGGAACAAAUUUUUUUUUUUAUCAUUGCUUGUGGAUAUCUGUCCUUCCGUCAGUCAUUGCAUUUUCCCCUUCUUGUAUCCAAGCUCCUUUUCCUUAUGACAUGUUUCAUUCACUUCCUUUCUGUGAAAGGUUGCUUAGCUUUUAAAAUUUUUUUUUUUUUACAUUUUGCUCUUGCUGUUCUUUUAUAUAAAAAGUAGAUUGAAUGGAUGUGCACAUUAGGUGUUUGAAAUUCUCUGAAAGUCCAGAGUAAAGAAACCAAGUGUGGGGAGGGCUCACUAGUUGUCUGAGGAGAGCAUUCGCUGACCAGAAGUGCUUAACCUGGAUCAUCAUUUUCACAGUGUUUUCAGAGGAGAGUUUAAACUCUGCUUAUUGUGAAAUCUCUAUCAGCUGGUGGGUGCUCCUGCAGGUAGCCAAACAGAUUGCUUACCUUUUGGAUUUUAGGAUAGAAAUCAAAACAACACAUCAAUAGGAGCCUCUUUCUCCUAUUCCAUCUUUUAGAACAAAACAGUAAUUGAACUCUUCUUGAGUCAGUCACAACAUAUCUAUAUUUUUAGAUGCCACUAUUUUUUUCUCAAAUGCUUGUUUUGUGAAUUUCACUUCCUAUUUCAUCUCACAUCAGUGCUUGAGAUUAAUAGGGGGCUCACUAACAUAUUUUCAUUUGCAAACAUUACUUCCAUUCCAUAUCUCUGUGCUAUAACGCUGCAAUAGUGUAAAACUGUGUGAUACAAAGGUUCCUGGCAGCAGCUCCUAAUAAUUAUUUAUGCUUUUGGAAUUUUUUUUCAGCUCAUUAAACCUCUGUCCAUUUCAGUUUGGUUUUCUCAAUUUGUACAAUAUAAGCAUAUUCUCUUUCUCCCUUUUGUCAUCUCCCCCUUUUGUUUUUUAAUGUUCUGUAGUUUUGUACAAGACAAGACUUACUAGCCUUGGGUAUUUCUUGCUGAAGCUUUAAUGCUUUGUCAAUAAAAUCGGAUGUUUAUUAAAGAA